AUGCAGAAUGGCACAUACUUCAUGUCUGAGUUAUGGACAAAUGACGAAGUUGUAAGGGAGAGUUUGGGUAUUCACGAGGGAACAGUUCCAUCAUGGCAACGAUGUGAUUUCAACCUACCUUACACAAAGGAAAUCACUAGUACGGUAGAUGAUCAUUUAGCCUUGAUUACUAAAGGGUACCGGGCGAUGAUAUACAGUGGAGACCAUGACUGUUCAUUAUCCUAUGUUGACACCCAAGCAUGGAUUAGACGACUAAACUUGCCCAUCACAGAUCGUUGGCGAACAUGGCAUGUGGACAACCAAAUUGUUGGAUACACAAGAAGUUUCUCCAACAAUCUAACAUAUGCAACAAUAAAGGGUGCCGGACACACAGCCCCGGAGUACAUGCCGAGAGAGUGCCUUGCUAUGAUGGAUAGAUGGCUUUCCAGUGUGCCUCUCUGA